GGACCGCAGAAACAGCUUACGACCUACAUUUGCUCUCCUCUCCUUUCCUCCCCUCUCCUCUCCUCUCUCCUCCUCUCCCUUCCGCCCUCCUCGGUCAGUCCUCCUCCCUCCCUCCCUCUCUGGGACUGAGAAUGCCCGUGUUGUACUGACACAGUAGCGAUACGGGCUGAGCAGACAUGGAGGCCCGAUUAACGAGAGAGGCCCGUGCUGACACAUCCAGGCCUAGCUAACGGCGUGUCGGAGUGGAUUUCGGAGCAUCUCGGGAUAUAUAACGGAUACCAGUUGCUGUAAGGAAAAAAGAUUUUAGCACCGAGGAAGAAGAAAUAGAGGGAGAUCCAUUUCGGGUCUCUGUUGAUUCAACGCAGCCGCCAUUUUGUUGACACACUCGGAAGAUUAAAAUAUGUGGCCACCACGUUGAUACACACGAAGGGAGGACACAGAGCCAAAUAAUGUGAACACCGUUUCUGGACAAUUACAGAGUUGAAGGACGGAGAAAGAGGGCUGGGCAGCCGAGGAAGGGAGAGAAGCCACCUAAAAACAAGGAGAGCUUCACCCUCACCGUUAUCCCCCUCCCCCUUUUCCCCCUUCACCCCCAUUCCACCCCCUUACAAAGACUCUAUCUGGUAUCCACAACAUCCCCUCCCUAGUAAACCUGCAUACCCCCUAAAGUUCUGAUGGAUCCGAAGAUUCAGGGGGGAACUGCAACUCCACCCCCUCUUCUCUCAGGUGCCCCCACAGGGGAGCGAGAGAAGGAGGGAGGGGGUGGAAAGAAAGAAGAAGAGGAGGAGAAAAAGAAAGACAGAGAGAAGGAGGGAGCUGCCGCUGUCUCUGCUGGUACAGGAGGGGCAGGGGCAAGUGGGCCAGGAGGUGCCAGCGGUGACCAGUCCCAUUUCUCCAUCAAAGAGAGCAGCCUGUCCGAGGGCAAUGUCAAACUUAAGAUUGGCCUUCAAGCAAAACGCACGAAGAAGCCCCCUAAGAUCUUGGAGAAUUACGUGUGCCGACCAGCCUUCAGGGCCACUGUGAGGCAUACCGGGCGUGGAGGAGGCAGUGCUCGUGGAAACCGUGCAGGGGCUACAGGUGAUGGGCCAGGCAGUCAGAUCCAGAGUCCUUCACAUGGCAGGGAAAAAGAGAAGGAGAAGAGUCCCAGUGUCAACAGACCAGCCCCAUCAUCUUCAUCAACCCCCUCUGCUAAAGCUCCUACACAACCUCCUCCUGCUCCUCCUCCCACCAGCAUUACUACCCUGUUACCCUCCCAAGUGAAUGGGAGCGCUCCAGCAAAAAGGGGUUCACCAAAGAUGGAUUGCAAGUCUGAUACAAAGCCAGACAUGAAAGCAGCCACCACCACAUCUGAGAGACCCCUUAACCUUCACCGCCCUCCACCAGACAACAAAACGCAUCCCUCUGGGAAGAAAACACCAACUCCACAACCCAACCCCCGGACAUCUUCACCUUCUCCACCACUACCUGCAUCAAAAGAACCCAGCUUUGAAGGUGUUAAGCCUUCUCAGUACACCUACAGCACUGAAAGUCAGAGAGACAAGGAAAAGGGUGUUCAAAAUUGGGGAGCACCCACAGUCACUGAGAAAUUAGCUCAGCUCAUAGCGACUUGCCCACCAUCAAAGACCCCUAAGCCAGCCAGACCUGCAAAGAUUGACCCCGCUCCUCCUAUCCCAAGCUCAGGCUUUAUGGCUCCCACAGCCAAACAACGAGACAGGGCUAUGGCCAAUAGGAACACAUAUUCAAGAAUGGUACACCUUUCUCCGCCACCUCCUGUAUCACGACCACCUGGUCGGCCCUAUGGUUCUAGGAACAAAGACAGUGUUAUGGAAAAUUCACCCACCUUGACACCAUUGAGGAAGGAGGACACAGAAGGGGCUGGGAAAGCUAGUAGCAGCAGCGGUAACAACAUCAGCAGCAACAACAGUAGUCGCAGCAGCAGCCCAGCACUCACCUAUGGCAAUAACCGCCUGUCAGCCAUGUCAAAGGACAGCAACAAUGACAACAGCAACAGUAGCAUUUCUAAGCCACAGUCACGUCCAGCUCACUGCCUACCCCACACCACAUCUUCGCCAUCUUGUCCCAUUUCAUCCUCUUCCACCACCUCAGCUGAGCAGAGGACAGUGAGUGCAGUGAGUCACCUGGGCUCCCCUGCUCCCUCACAAGGACACCAUGCACGAGAGAGUCCUGCCUUGGCAGAGGAAAGCAGUGCAAGUGAGAUGGAGCAGGACAGGGACAGGCCCAGAGACUUAACCAAGUGCCCUCUUCCAACAGGAACAGGAAAGCCAGAAGGGAAAGACAAGGGGGCUAGUAAUCAGUCACUGCGAGUUGAGAGGGGGAAGAGCUCUAGUCCAAGUAAGCGCAGUCCCAACCGGGAUAGUAGCCGACCCGGUCGGACUAGCAGUCCCCCUGAGCGUGUAAGACAAAGGGCACCUUCUUCACCAGAGCCGGAUGGUGAAGAAAGCCCACAAACGCCUCUUAGAGAUGAUUCCCCUGAUUCAUCCCUAGACUCUCCUGCAGAGCAGGACAGCAAACCCCUUAAAAAACGCAGAGGAAGGAAACCCCGCUGGACUCGUGUUAUGCACAAGACGCAGAGUCAAAGAGCAGGCCAGGACAGUCUCUUCGACCAGAGCAAAACCACCUUGCCUUUAUCUUCAAGCUUGGAAAUGCCAUCGCCGCCAGUGAAAAGACCUGUGGGCAGGCCUCCCAACCCAAAUAAGGUCAAACCAAAUCCUGUGCCACAAGGUCCAGCGUCACAGCUCUUCCCACCCCAGCCUAAGAAAAGGGGAAGGCCGAAGUCUAAAAUGCCAAGGCUUGAUGGCCCGGCCCGUGGGUGCCUUCCUAACAAGCUGGCCCCAUCCAAGGUCUUUUCAUCUUUAUUGAAGUCCAAAGAAGAGCAGGAUCCCCCUGUUCUUCACCCAGAGGUGGACCUGAACCCCCCUAAACCUAUGCCUCGAAAACGUGGACGUCCCAAGCGCCUUCCUCCUACCUUACCCCAGGAGGGCCAACCUCCCACGUUGGCUCCAGAGGCAGGGGACAUGGGAGACAAACGGUUCCGCAGCAAAGGAAAUGGGCAGCUUAUCAUGAAAACUAUUAUAGGCAAGAUCAAUAAGAUGAAAAGUAUGAAACGAAAGCGUAUUCUCAGUCAAAUCUUGUUAGGCCCAAGAACAGAAGACACCCCUAAAGGCACCACCAGUGGGGUGGUUGGCCCUGUGGAAGCUGCAACCCAAUCAUUGUCCUCCCUGGCUGCUUCUUUUGGGGGAAAACUAGGGCCACAAAUUAAUGUCAGUAAAAAGGGCACAAUAUACAUGGGUAAGAGGAGAGGCCGUAAACCAAAAGCAGUGACUAAUGCCACAGCUACAACAACACCACCAGAACCCUUCCUAUCCCCAAACACCACUUCCCCUCUCCAUCACCAUCAAUCACAGUCCCAGCAACAGCACCAGCUCUCCUCUUCAGAGGUCUUUCCCUCCCCCUCCCUCUCACAGUCUAGUGGAGGCCACAGUCCCAUCAGUGAUGCCAGCUUUGUGGAGCCAGGCUCAGUGCACUUUGCAGGUCACUCUCACUAUCCUAACCCCCAUCAUAGCCACAACACGUUCUCCUUCCCUCCUCCAACCUUUUCAGCCCCUAAUCCUCGCAACCCAGGGUUGGGCCCAAUGUCAUCAUCCAUGGCCACAGCAGCCUCCCAGAAAAAGUCAUCUUGCCGUGGAUACCAUCAACACCACCAUUAUAGGCAGCACUACCAUUAUCAUAAGCUUUCCCCUCCCAGGCCGCUUCAUCCCACCUCCCCUGCACCCCUCAGUGAGCUAAAAGAAGCCACUCCGUCACCAGUGAGUGAGUCACACAGUGAGGAGACAGUGCCCAGUGACAGUGGUAUAGGAACUGACAAUAACAGCACCUCUGACCGUGGUGAGAAAGCUGGAGGGGUGGGUGGCUUGGGUGGAAUUGGAAUGCCACCCGGGAUGGGCAGUGGAUUAUUAAUGCCAGGGGUCAUAGGUUCAGCUAUGGGUCCAGGGGUGGGCCUUAAUUCCAGAGGCAGGCGGCGACACUCCACUGUGCUUAUGGAACAUCCCUCACCCUCUCCAUCACCCCAUGGGGCAAGGUCAUCACCUGAUCCCAGGAGAUCUCACCCAGCAGCUCCUGCUUCCUCCUUAAUGGGGCACAAAGAGAAACAUAAGCACAAGUGUAAACGCCGCAGCCAUGGGUGCCCUGGCUAUGACAAGCUAAAGAGACAGAAAAGGAAACGCAAGAAGAAGUACUUGCAGCUUCGCUCCCGGCGGCAUGACCCAGACUUUCUUGCUGAGUUGGAUGAGAUUGUUGUGAGACUGAGUGAAAUUCGAAUAGCACACCGUACCACAGGGCACCGGCUCGGCAGUGGAAUAGGCAUAGCAGCGGGAACAAGUAGAGGGCCAGGAGUGGGGAGCAGGGCCAGUGGUGGCAUAGGAGGCACAGGUGGCCCUCCUCCACAUCAUUAUGUCCACAGGGACCUCCUGCCUACAAUCUUCAGGGUUAAUUUCGGCAGCUUCUACUCCCAUCCUGCGUACUCCUGUGACCCAUUGCACUAUGUUCGUAAACCAGACAUGAAGAAGAAACGGGGACGGCCUCCCAAACUGAGGGAGUCCAUGUCUGAGGUUCCCUUUGUACCUGGGCUUGGAUUCCCACUCUCCAGUGGAGGCUUCUACCACCCCUCCUAUAGCGUUCCCUACUCCUCUGGGCCCCUGGGGUUGGGCUAUUACAGAGGCUAUCCUCCAGCUAGUGCUUUGUAUCCCCACCCACACCACCAGUCACCCCACACAGCCCCAUCCCACCACUCUCACCACUCACCCUCUUUCCCCCCUCCUCCCCCCACAUCUUACAUGCAUCAUCACCACCCUUCACAUCUCCUGCUGAACCCCUCCAAAUUUCACAAGAAAAAACAUAAGCUGCUUAGGCAGGAGUACCUGGGAGGAGGAAGGUCCCCUGUCCUGUACCCACCCAUGUCCUCUGAGCUUUCCUUCAACUGGCACCACAAACACAAACACAGACACAAACACAGAGAGCGCUGUGCUGAGGAGGACAGGGAGGAAGCAGCAAGAGGAGGAUCAGGGAGUCGAGGUAGUGCAGGGAUUUCUGACAGUGGAGCAUCAGGGAAAGGAGAGCGAGUUGGCAGUUUAGGAAUGGCAGAGUCUUUACAACGAUGUCGCUUUGGACGAGACACCUCCAGCAUCAGUGCCAGCAAGCAAGCUGCUGCCACUUCUGCCAACUCCCCUUCUUCUUCAUCAUCCUCAUCUGCAGAAAGGUACAAGCGCAAAGAGAGCUCCAUGUCCUGUCUAGGCCCCUCCAGGCUGGCACUGGGUAGCAGCUCAAAAGGCCACCACCCAGUAGAGUCCUGGUUCAGGAUGGGCAGCUCUAAGGCAGACUACUCUAAGCUUUCACGGAGUCAUGUGGCACCUGGCCAGGGUCCUUUCUCAGAUGGACGGGCUGAAGACCCAGCAGGCUGCUCAGACAGCGAAGAUGAGGAGCCUCUUACCCCUACGGAGGAUGUGGAGCCUGCAGCCCAUGAUUCUCCAAACCAUACAAAUUUGUUUGCCUCUGCUCUCACCCGCACUACGCUGAAGGGGGGCAGGAGCAGAAAGACAGAGGUAGUCACAGAGAGCUCCAGCUUCUCCCGCAUGGACCUUCCGAUGAGGAAGGACCGCUCUACAUCAGCAGAAAGGAGAGAGUUAGGGUCAUCAGGUAUCCAGACAAGAGGCGUUACCCUCUCAACCCCUGAAGGGCCUGAAGGAUCCCAGCAUCACCGACAGCAGCACCAUCACCAACCUUCUCUGUUUCACUCCCACAGUUCUGCUUCCUCCUCCUGCCUCUCCCCCUCUCAGGACUGUUGCCUGGAUGCCUCCCUGCCCCACCACUCUCAUCGGGCACAGCCAUCCAAACACAGCCUGCACCACGUCAACAAAAUCCUGCGUGCCAAGAAGCUGCAGAGACAGGCUCGUACAGGAAACAACGUGGUGAAGAAGAGGGGCCCAGGACGUCCCAGGAAACACCCGUUACCUUCCCCACCGCCAUCCCCACCACCAGUGGUUGAGUUGAAUCAGACUAGGCACAGGGACAGAGGCGGAGAACGGCCAGCUGGGGGCAGAGGGUGGGAGGGGGACACUGUGACAGAUGCUAUUGAGUCCGUAGUCCAGGGCCAGCAUAGAAAAGGUCAGAAGAGGAAGCACUGGGACAGAGAUGGGGAUGAGGAAGAAGAGGAGGAGGAAGAGGACGGGGAGGUAGAAGAGACUGAGGAGCGAUUGCCGGACAGAGAAGAGAACCUGGGCAACCUGGUGGCAAGGUCCAGACCUGGGACAGGAAGAAGCUGGCUUACCCAGGACGAGCUCCAGCAUUUUCGUGGCUCAAUGGAAAGCAAGCCAGAUGGCCACUGCUCCCCGGAACGCCCAGUUACCGUCACCGGGGAACAAGCUCCGCCCAUGCCCAUAACCAGCCAAAGGGAGAAGAGACCAGCCAGACCUCCAAAGAAGAAGUUUCAGAAGGCGGGGCUUUAUUCGGAUGUGUACAAGACUGAAGACCCCCGGAGUCAGCUUCUGCAGCUAAAGAAAGAAAAGCUAGAAUACAUACCUGGGGAACAUGACUAUGGACUGUUUCCAGCUCCUAUACAUGUUGGGAAGUACCUAAGACAGAAGCGCAUUGAUUUCCAGUUGCCUUACGACAUCUUAUGGCUGUGGAAACACGAUCAGCUUUACAAGAGGCCUGAUGUCCCCCUUUAUAAAAAGAUCAGAUCAAAUGUCUAUGUGGAUGUGAAGCCUCUCUCUGGUUAUGAAACAACUACAUGCAACUGUAGACCUCGUGAGGAGUCGACUGAAAAAUGCUGCCUGGAUGAUUGCCUGAAUAGGAUGAGUUUUGCUGAGUGCUCUCCCAGCACCUGCCCAUGUGGUGAUCAGUGUGACAACCAGCACAUCCAGAGACAUGAGUGGGUCCAGUGUCUGGAGCGAUUCCGUGCUGAGGGCAAGGGCUGGGGCAUCCGUACCAAGGAGUCACUUCGCUCUGGACAGUUUAUCAUCGAGUACCUAGGAGAGGUGGUUAGCGAACAGGAGUUUAGGAGCCGUAUGAUGGAGCAGUACUUCUCCCACAGUGGCCACUACUGUCUGAACCUGGAUAGCGGCAUGGUGAUUGACAGCUACCGAAUGGGCAAUGAGGCACGCUUCAUAAACCACAGCUGUGAACCCAACUGUGAGAUGCAGAAGUGGUCGGUGAAUGGGGUGUACAGAAUUGGUCUCUUUGCUCUCAAGGAGAUCAGCAGCGGCACUGAGCUCACCUAUGACUACAACUUCCAUUCCUUCAAUACAGAAGAGCAGCAAGUGUGUAAGUGUGGCUCCGAGAGCUGCCGGGGCAUCAUCGGAGGGAAGAGCCAGCGUAUUAACGGCCUGCCUCCGAAGGCAGCAGGGACUCGGCGGCUGGGUCGACUCAAGGAGAAGAGGAAGUCCAAACACCAGCUCAAGAAACGAGAGGAAGAGUCGAGUGACAGCAACAAGUUUUACCCUCAUCUCAUGAAGCCCAUGUCCAACAGAGAGAGGAACUUUGUGCUGAAGCACCGAGUGUUUCUCCUGAGGAACUGGGAGAAGAUGAGGGAGAAACAGGAGCUACUGAAGAGGUUGGGUGAGAGAGAGAGGGAUGCCAGCAGCCUGUCCAUAUAUACACGCUGGGGAGGAGUCAUCCGUGACGACGGCAACAUUAAGUCAGAUGUGUUCCUGACGCAGUUCUCGGCCCUGCAGACGUCGCGGUCGGUACGCACACGGAGACUCGCCGCUGCUGAGGAAAACACAGAAGUCACACGCACGGCUCGCCUCGCACACAUCUUCAAGGAGAUUUGUGACAUGAUCACCAGCUACAAGGAUUCAGCUGGCCAGACACUUGCUGCUCCGCUGGUGAACCUCCCAUCCAGGAAGAGGAACAGCCAGUACUAUGAGAAGGUGUCUGACCCUCUGGACCUGAGCACCAUCGAGAAGCAAAUCCUCACUGGCCACUACAAGACCGUUGAAGCGUUCGACACAGACAUGCUCAAAGUGUUCCGCAAUGCUGAGAAAUACUACGGCAGGAAGUCAUCGGUAGGCAGGGAUGUGUGUCGGCUGCGGAAAGCCUACUACAGCGCUCGUCAUGAAGCUGCUGUCCAGAUUGAUGAGAUCGUGGGUGAGACCGCCAGUGAGGCAGACAGCUCGGAUUCACUGGAGCGUGACCAUGGCCACCACCACGGAGGAGGAGCCCAUGACAAGGACGAUGACGUCAUCCGUUGCAUUUGUGGAAUGUACAAGGACGAAGGCCUGAUGAUCCAGUGUGAAAAGUGCAUGGUGUGGCAGCACUUUGACUGCAUGCGGCUGGAGACAGAGGUGGAGCACUACCUGUGUGAGCAGUGUGACCCUCGGCCUGUAGACAGAGAAGUUCCCAUGAUACCCCAGCCUAGCUACGCCCAGGCUGGCUCUGUCUACUACAUCUGUCUCCUUAGAGAUGACCUGCUGCUACAUCAAGGUGACUGUGUGUAUCUGAUGAGAGACAGCAGACGCACACCUGAGGGCCAGCCAGUCAGACAGUCUUACCGUCUCUUGUCUCACAUCAACCGAGACAAACUCGACAUCUUCCGAAUUGAGAAACUCUGGAAGAAUGAAAAGGGUGAGAGGUUUGCCUUUGGCCACCACUAUUUCCGUCCCCACGAGACGCAUCAUUCUCCAUCACGGCGGUUCUACCAGAACGAGUUAUUCCGCAUGCCGCUCUACGAGAUCAUCCCCCUGGAGGCAGUGGUGGGAACCUGUUGUGUCCUCGAUCUCUACACUUACUGCAAAGGACGGCCGAAGAGUGUAAAAGAGCAGGAUGUGUACAUCUGUGAUUACCGCUUGGACAAGUCGGCUCACCUGUUCUACAAGAUCCACCGUAACCGCUACCCAGUCUGCACCAAGCCGUAUGCCUUCAACCACUUCCCCAAGCGGCUCGCGCCCAAAAGGGACUUCUCGCCUCACUACGUUCCUGACAACUACAAGAGGAACGGGGGCCGUUCUGCCUGGAAGAGCGAACGACCAAAAGGAGCAGGGGGCUGUGAGGACGACGGCUCUUCCUGCGACCGUGGUGACGACUUCCCACCUGAGGCUGAAGACGGGAGAGGAGUGGAGGACGACAUGGACUUAGCUCCGGAGGAUCCUGAACUUCUUUCAGCUAAGCCCAGAAGAGCGGAACGGGAAGGGGAGGGAGACGAGGAUGAAGACGAGGAGGAGGACGAAGAGGAAGGGCAGGACGCUGAGGAGUGCAAGGAGCUGGAGGAGUGUUCAGAGAGGAUAGGAGAGAUGCUUGAACUCCCGUCGUCCUCCGCCUCUUCGCCACUACACCACCCAGUGUUGGGCAGGAGGGAGGCCCAGAGGGAACGUCUCAACAAAAUUCUGCUGGAUCUGCUGCACAGAACUCCCAACAAGAAUGGUGAGGGACCGGGAACAAAGCAGGGGGCAAUAGAUGUCACUUAUCUCCUGGAGGAGGGCGCGGGGCGGCGGCUACGGCGUCGGACCCUCGGAUUCGGUGAUUUUGUGGGCAGAAAAUAACUUCGCUAGGUGCCUGUCAAGCACACUGCCUUUCAGUUUUGUGAGCAAGGGGCAGAAAACGGAGAGACAGCAAGAAGGGAAAUGAGCAUUGUUGGUUACCCGACCAUUAAGGACCACAAUGCAUCCCUGGGGGCCUCUUCAGUUUACCUCUUCCAAGACUGUCAUCUCAACUCUGAGAGCGUGGAGGGGGUUUGGAAACGCUGACUCCAUGGCAAUUUAAGCUUUUCAAGAGUUCCCAAGGAGCAUGAAGAGAGAGCUGACCCAGACCUCUUGCUUAUUUAAGUAGUAUGAUGCAAAACAAGAAGUUUUUUUAAAAAUGAACAUAGGAGAAAUACCCCGUGCACUUAAAUGCAUUGAAUAUUACAGACAUGGGUAGAUGAAUUCCACUAGCAAGCAUCAGAAAUGAAACAAGUGGUACUGAAUAUGGAUGGAUAGAGGGAGGAAUGGUUAGUCCUUUCAGUCAAUGGGGAUGUGAAUGCUGGAGAAUUGUUCCCCCUAGUGGGACCUAGCUGCAAUGACAAAGUAUAAUGGAUAAUGGAGAGAAGAUCUGCGCAGGGACCGUGGGGGGGAAAUGGCAUAGGAGAAAUGUAAGUUGAGCAGUGUGCUCAGAUGCUGCUCAUUAGAAAGAGAGAACGAUUGUGGGUGGUGAACUGCACUUUUGGUACCAUGGAUAUUGUGAAGCUCUGUGUAAUGUAUCUAUAAUGAAAACACACUAACACUCACAGUAUUGGAUGAUGCAGUCUGAAAACAAAAAACGAGUUAAAAAGUCUAUUAUCUUUUUCCUGUUAUACUGUAGUAACUCAUUUAGGAACAGAAGAGGCUGGGGGUGUGUUUGUUUUUAGAGUAAUGGGAGGGGAGGGAAGAUUGAGUGUGCGCUUUUGUCAGUCAAAGUGUCUUGUUGAGGUUUUAAUUUUAAUUUUUAAUUUUCUCGUGAGGCAGUCAGCUUCGCCCCUCUUUUUUGAAGUAACAUGAUUCACCAGCUUAACUAAAUCAGGCGUUCGGGGGGGCAACGGCUUUAACUGUAACGCCUUACACAGCCGUGCUCUCCGACUGCCUUGUGUGCAAGUGUGUGCGUGCGUACACACUUAUUGUGUGUCUGUACUCUGCCAGAUUUCUUGAAGAUAUACCUUUUUAAAAAACAAAAUGGAAAAAAAAAUUAAGGGCUCGAUGGCAAUUAACAGUUUUAAGAAAACUAUGGAAAACAAUACUUAACAUGAAAUGUAUCGUGAUGGUCAUAUUUUCUUAUAUUCUGUGAGACGGGUGGGGCGGUGUAUACUGUAUAUUGGGAGGGGAAGGGACUUAAGAUCUUUUUUUGUCUUUAGACUAUGUUCCUGGUUGCCAUGGAGAAUGUUUUAAAAAGAAAUUGUGAUAUUUGAUGAGAUUUCUUUUUUUUCCCCAAAUGCCUCCUGCUAAAAAGGGACAGCCUGCAAUGUCCCAGUGCGGUUAACUGACAGAAAAGUGACAAGAAUGAGACACUGACAGAGGGAGAAAGAGGAAACGGGAAGCUGUACAGUGCCAAGUUAUGUAAAUGUACACACUUUACAUUGAGGAGUGUCUCCAAAAGCAAUAUCUUGAAAAUGGAUUUUGUUUAUUAUUGUACUGUACAGGACUCAGCCCUAAAUGUAUUAUGAUUAUUAUAUUAAUGAUAAUAUUAUAAUUUCUUCCGUUUGUAUUACUAUAAUGAAGACACUUAAGCUCGGAGGAAAAAGAUUUUUUUAAUGUCCAUAAAAUCUCACCUUAACUGUCCCGACGACAUAAAGAUUUAAGCUGAGUUUUUUUGUUGCCUAUAAAUGAAAUUCAUCUACUGCAUGAGCGAGAAGAAUGUCAAACGGACACAGAAGGCAUUGGGACAUGACAGUGACUCAGCAAUGACACCUUUGUCACUGAAUUUUCGUUAAUAAUAUUACUUUUAAGGAGAAAUGUACUCCUUGUUUUUUGCUGCAAAGUGUUGAACACUAAAAAAACAAACCAACAUAAAAAUGUUAUGAUAUUUUUAAACGGUGACAGACACAAAAGUAAAGCUGUCGGCCCAAUAUCAUGUUAUUAUUUUUGUUUUUCUUUCAAAUAGGAAAUGGUUCAGUUUUGUGAUAGCAGUCAUUGUAUGAUGCUUGUACUUGUAUUUGUGUGUUUUGUGUGAUUCGUUUAGUUAUUUUUAGACAAUCACAAAAUAAGAUGCAAGCAUUGUAAAUGGCAGACUGGCGGACAUUUUGUGAUGUGUACAGUUUGUCAAACUUCUUCCACUCGUUAAAAGUUUGUAAUUAUGAUUCUUAAGUCAUGAAAAAUGCUGUUGGUUUUUACUUUUUUGUUUUAUAUUUGUUUUUUUGUUUGUUUGUUUUUUUAAUAAAAAGCACUACAUUAUUGUGAAUACA